AUGUCCGUUGUCACCAUUCCAGCUCGAACUGGCGGCUACAUUGCCCUCAAAUCAGGUCAGAAGCUCAAACUGAUAAACCCUCAAGGCAAUCAAGUGAUUGAUUUUUGGGCCUUUGUCUUUCUUGACAGCGAUGCGACUGAUGUUCCCCCAAGCUUUGUUCGCUCAGAAGCAGACCCCACCCCAAUGAAAUCAACAGUCUCGCCAUUCCCCUUCACAGCAGGUAUCCAAUACUUCUCCGCCUCCCGGACUCGUUCAAUUCUCUCCAAGUUGAUCCCAUCUGCACGGGACCAAGACGUCCUGUACACCAAUAAAUCCCUUCCGCUAUUUACUUUGGUGGAAGACACGACAUCAGGGAUCCACGAUACAUUGUUUGGUUGCUGUGAUCGAUUUCGAUACCAUAAUCUUGGUAUCGAUAACUAUGAGCACGCCAGCUGUGCCGAGAACAUGCACCUUGCUCUACAAAAGGCUGCUGCGGCAGGAGUAUUCACACCUGGUUCGAUUUCCACCGAAUGGACCCCAGAUCCAUUGAAUAUAUUUAUGAACGUACCAGUGACCUCUGGACUUGAACGCCAAUCUGGUGGUGGUCAGAUUACAUGUCGAGCUCCGGAGAGCAAGGCUGGGGAAUAUAUCGUUCUGCGUGCCGAGCGGGAUUGUGUGGCUGUCAUGAGUGCUUGUCCGAAUGAUGUUAUCCAAGCAGUAAAUGACGGUGUCUGCACUGCCAUCGAGUAUCAAGUAAUGGAUUAAUAUAUAUCUGUGGACUGAGCAAAGUGACUUUUAUUGA